UAUUAGGUUAGGUGACGACCUAAAACUUUUAGUGUCACAAAUGUCAAUAUCGAUCGUCUUAAAGGUAAAAACACGGCAGUCUUAGGCUUCAUUAAUUAAUUAAAUAUGGAAGGUACAAAAAAUGAAAAAGUCUAUUCGGGACUCGGAACCGAAGAACCCCAGACGGAACCCUUGCAGGGGGGUGCGUUGGGUAAAGUUACCUGCCCUGAUGUAAGCCAGGGACAUCAGGAAAGUAAAGCUACUGGUGAUUUAGAAGAGUUGGAGGUGGAGAUGGGGGAUAGGGACGAAGUCCCUAAAGGUCAGAGACCAAAGAGAGGAAGAACAGAGGGAGAAAUAGAUACAACACCAGUGAAGGGCGGAGAGGUAUUUGAAUGGGCAGGAAGUCAGAGUGAAGAGAGGGGAUGGACAGUGGAAAGAAUAAUAAGGACUAAAAAGAUGAGAAGACACUCUUUUGUAUCAUCUCCAGAAGAAUUAAAGGGAAUGGCGGAGGAGUCAUUUGUAGUGAAAGAAUAUUGUGAGGAGAUGGAUCAGUUGAUUAAUGAGAUAAGGAGUUAUACCGACAGAACCCUUAGUACAAAGGAUAGAAGGCAUGUGAACUAUAUAUUACCCAGGUUGGAUAGAAUCAUGGAAGCGAGAACCAAGUGGGAAGAAGAGGCAAGGAGGAUGAGGAGAUGUGAAUGGGUAGAAAGUAAAAUUGUUAAUAUAGAACAGGAAAUUAAGAGUAUGAACCCAAGAGAAUGGAAGCAAGAUAUGAAAGAUAUGAUAAAUGAAAUAGUGGAAGAUCGAGUAAAAGAAAUAGUAAAAGGAGUAAAGAAAGAAAUGCAAGAUUUUGGGAAGAAGGUACGACAGGAUAAUGAAGUACUGAUGAGGAGUUUGGAGGAGUGUGAUCAAAACAGAAAAGAGGAAGAAGAAAAAAUAAAGAAUUUGAUAAGAAUAGAGAUAAGAAAAGGAAAAGAAGCAACAGAUGCGAAAUUUAAUGAAAUGAAGAUGAUGUUUACUGAUGUAAAAUCUGCAAUGGAUGCAGUACAUGGGAAUAUGGGAGUACUGAAGGAGAGGGUAAAGGAAAUGCCCUGGAGUAAAAUAGAUGAAGUGAGAAUGGGAAUAGAAAAAUUAGGAGAAACGGAUAUAUCUAAGGAUAUAAGGCAGAUAGGAAAAGAAAUGAAGGAGGUUAAGGAAAAAAACGGAAGAGGCAACCAGAGUGCUUGA